GGAAACCACUCCCGCACACAGAAAACACAACAAUAUAAAGAUCCCAUCUUUGUUUUUCUUUCUCCUCUUUCAUUCUCUGUGCGUUUUGUGUUUCCUUCUGUUGGGUUUGGAGAAAUGUCGAUUGUGAUGGGUAUAGUCGAAUCAUGCGGGUUCGAUCGCGGCGGGGGCGGUGGCGGAAGCCAUUUUCCGACGGAUCCUCCGGCGAAGCGCGGUGGUGUACUCGUCGGCGGCGGAGCGGAUCGUUGGCUGGGUUCUUCGGUUUCAUCGCCUUCUUCGUCGUCGUCUUCGUCGAUUGGGACGAACAGCGACGACGAGGAGGACGAAGAUGGCGCGAAAUCUUCGUCGGAGGGAGGAGAUUCCGGCGAGAAUGCGGCGGAGAGUCCGUACAAGGGUCCUCUGGAUAUGAUGGAUUCUCUUGAAGAAGUUUUACCCAUCAGGAGAGGGAUAUCGAAGUUCUACAGCGGGAAAUCGAAGUCGUUCACAAGCUUAGCAGAAGCAGCGACAUCGGUGAAAGACAUAACGAAGCCGGAGAAUCCGUACAGCCGGCGGCGGAGGAACCUUCUAAGCCAUCACAUGUGGGAGAACAGGACCCACCGGAGCUGCAGCCACCGCGGCGGCGGCGGAAUCUGUAAGAAACCCAUCACGAGCGCCGGCAAGAGCUCAUUGGCCAUGGCCAUGGCGGCGGCGGAGAUGAUGAGCUCCGGCGAGGACUCGUCGUCGGGAUCGGGGUCGAGCCCGACAGCCUCAGGAUCCCCUCCGAGGGUGAGCCAUUUGCGUGUGUUGCCUCCGUUGCACCCACGGAGCAAAGGGUCUUUUGGUAAUUUGACAACGUCGCCGUCGCCGGGAAGGGGAGGUGGGUUUUGCGCGUGGAGGUCGUACUCGGUGGUUGAUUUGCCGCGGUGUUUCCCGGCGGCGGCCGGUGGUGGCUCCGGUGACUCGUAGAUCGAAAUUCGUUUAACUUCUCUUCAUGAUCUAUACGUUUAACUCUCUCUCUCUCUCUCCCUAUAUAUAUAUAUAUAUGGGUGAUGUCACUGAUGUCGGAGAUUGGAGGGUGUCUUUGCCCGAUUAUGUUUUGGCUCUCCACCGGAGAUUGUACAGUCAGAGUUUUUUUUUUUCAUCAAUGAAAUCUCUUCAAGCUUUUGUCUUC